AUGGGAAAUUGCAGGUUCAUUCAAAAUCCAUGCUAAUUAUAAAUAUAAGAAACAGAUGAUGAUUUGUAUGAGGUCUUGGCUACAUUAAAAAAUUGUGAUUAAUAAAUUUUCGCCUUCCUUUUUGCAAUGUUGAAAAAAGAACAGAUUCAAGACUCUUCUAAAUUUCUUUUAAUAAACAAGUAAAAGAUAGAGGCAUAAUAUUUAUAACAUACAGAAAAUAUUUAAUAAAUAGAGAAAGAAUGUGGGAGAAAUUAAAUAAGGAAAAUUACUAAUGUUCUUUAAAAAAUAAAAAAUCAUGAUUUUAAUAAAGAAAAUUACUCUGAAGAGGAAUACAAAACAUUGAAAGAUGAUCUGAUCACAAAUAUAUCAAAUAAUAUGAUCAUCAUUGAAUUUCUAAAAUUUUUAGUCCAUCUUACUGCCUUAGAUGAGAGGUACAUUAAGUGCGGAUCAAAUUCUCUUCAUUUAUUAGUUAAAAUGAAAGUUGAUUUGAAGGAAUCAUCUUUUAAGAAUAUAAGAAUUAGAAAUACUUCCUUAAUUGGAGCUAAAUUGGUAAGCUGCAACUUAAGUGGAUCUGAAUUUGAUAAUGUCAUUAUUAGUGGAGUUAAUUUGAAUUAAGCCUAAUUAUUUAAUUGUAAGUGGAGGGGCUUAAGCAUAAAUGAGGGAAUUAAGUUGAAUUGUCAUAGCUAUAAGGUCAUGUAAGUUUGCUUUUCUCCAGAUAGCUAGCUAUUAGCUUCUUGCAGCGAAAAUAUAUCCAUUCAUUUUUUGAAUGUGAAAACAAGGAAAAUAAAGUACAUAAUCAGAGGAGAGAGAGAACUAUCAUCAUUAAGCUUCUCACCUAAUAAUACUAUAUUAGCUUUUAGUUCCGGAAUAUUUGUGUAUUUAUGGAAUAUGAAUACAGGAAAAUAAAUAUCUAAAUUAAUUGGUCAUUCUAGUUAUGUUUCUUCAGUCAAUUUCUCUCCUGAUGGUACUAAAUUAGCAUCUGGUAGUUAGGAUUAGUCGAUCCAUUUAUGGGAUGUUAAGACAAGAGAAUAAUAAGCCAAAUUAGAUGGUCAUUAAAGGGAAGUUAAUUCAAUUUGUUACUCUCCUGAUGGUACUACAUUAGCAUCUGGUAGUAAGGAUUGGUCUAUACGUUUAUGGGAUGUUAAGACAGGAUAAUCAAAAGCAAAAUUAGAUGGUCAUUCAUCAGCAGUUGAUUCAAUUUGUUACUCUCCUGAUGGUACUACAUUAGCAUCUGGUAGUCUCGAUUGGUCGAUCCGUUUAUGGGAUGUUAAGACAGGAUUAUAAAAAGCAAAAUUAGAUGGUCAUGAAAAGGGAAUCAUAUCAGUCAAUUUCUCUCCUGAAGGUACGACAUUAGCAUCUGGUAGUUUUGAUAAGUCGAUCCGUUUAUGGGAUGUUAGGACAGGAUAAUAAAAAGCCUAAUUAGAUGGUCAUUUAGGAUCUGUAUGGUCAGUCAAUUUCUCUCCUGAUGGUACUAAAUUAGCAUCUGGUAGUUAUGAUAAGUCGAUCCGUUUAUGGGAUGUUAAGACAGUAUAAUAAAAAGCUGAAGUAGAUGGUCAUUCAGGAGCAGUAUGGUCAGUCGAUUUCUCUCCUGAUGGUACUAUAUUAGCAUCUGGUAGUUAUGAUAAGUCUAUCCGUUUAUGGGAUGUUAAAACAGGAUAAUAAAAAACCAAAUUAGAUGGACAUUCUGAAACUGUUUAUUCAGUUAAUUUUUCUCCUGAUGGUACUACAAUAGCAUCUGGAAGUUAUGAUUAGUCUAUCCGCUUAUGGGAUGUUAAGACAGGAUCAUAAAAAGCCAAAUUAGAUGGUCAUGAAAAUGGAAUCAUAUCAGUCAAUUUCUCUCCUGAAGGUACGACAUUAGCAUCUGGUAGUUUUGAUAAGUCGAUCCGUUUAUGGGAUGUUAGGACAGGAUAAUAAAAAGCCUAAUUAGAUGGUCAUUUAGGAGCUGUAUGGUCAGUCAAUUUCUCUCCUGAUGGUACUUUAUUAGCAUCUGGUAGUUAUGAUAAGUCUAUCCGUUUAUGGGAUGUUAAAACAGGAUAUUAAAAAGUCAAAAUAGAUGGUCAUUCAGAAGCUGUAUAGUCAGUCAAUUUCUCUCCUGAUGGUGCUACAUUAGCAUCUGGUAGUUCAGAUAACUCUAUCAAAUUAUGGAAUGUCAAGACAGGAUACGAGAAAGCCAGAUUUAUCGGUCAUUCAGAUUACGUCAUGUCAGUCAAGUUCUCUUCUGAUGGCACUACAUUAGCAUCUGGUAGUUAUGAUUAAUCUAUCCGUUUAUGGGAUGUUAAGACAGGAGUAUAAAAAACAUAAUUAGAAAGCCAUUCAGGUUAUGUUUAUUCAGUCAAUUUCUCUCCUGAUGGUACUACAUUAGCAUCUGGUAGUCACGAUUAGUCUAUCCGUUUAUGGGGUGUUAGGAAAGGAUAAAAAAAGGCCUUAUUCGAUGGUCAUUAAUCAGGUGUUUUUUCAGUCAAUUUCUCUCCUGAUGGUGGUACAUUAGCAUCUGGUAGUACAGAUAUAUCUAUCAGAUUAUGGAAUGUCAAGACAGGAUAAUAAAAAGCAAAAUUAUCUGGUCAUUCUAGUUAUGUUUCUUCAGUCAAUUUCUCUCCUGAUGGUACUAUAUUAGCAUCUGGUAGUUAUGAUUAGUCUAUAUGUUUAUGGGAUGUUAAGACAGAAUAAUAAAAGGCCAAAUUAUAUGGUCAUUCAUCAGUUGUUACUUCGGUCAAUUUCUCUUUUGAUGGUACUACAUUGGCAUCUGGUAGUUAUGAUUAGUCUAUACGAUUUUGGGAUGUUAAGACAGGAAAAUAAAAAGCAAAAUUAGAAGGUCAUGAAAAUGGAAUAUUAUCUGUCAAUUUCUCUCCGGAUGGUGCUACAUUAGCAUCUGGUAGUUAUGAUUAGUCUAUACGUUUAUGGGAUGUUAAAACAGGAUAAUAAAAAACCAAAUUAGAUGGACAUUCUGAAACUGUUUAUUCAGUUAAUUUUUCUCCUGAUGGUACUACAAUAGCAUCUGGAAGUUAUGAUUAGUCUAUCCGCUUAUGGGAUGUUAAGACAGGAUCAUAAAAAGCCAAAUUAGAUGGUCAUGAAAAUGGAAUCAUAUCAGUCAAUUUCUCUCCUGAAGGUACGACAUUAGCAUCUGGUAGUUUUGAUAAGUCGAUCCGUUUAUGGGAUGUUAGGACAGGAUAAUAAAAAGCCUAAUUAGAUGGUCAUUUAGGAGCUGUAUGGUCAGUCAAUUUCUCUCCUGAUGGUACUUUAUUAGCAUCUGGUAGUUAUGAUAAGUCUAUCCGUUUAUGGGAUGUUAAAACAGGAUAUUAAAAAGUCAAAAUAGAUGGUCAUUCAGAAGCUGUAUAGUCAGUCAAUUUCUCUCCUGAUGGUGCUACAUUAGCAUCUGGUAGUUCAGAUAACUCUAUCAAAUUAUGGAAUGUCAAGACAGGAUACGAGAAAGCCAGAUUUAUCGGUCAUUCAGAUUACGUCAUGUCAGUCAAGUUCUCUUCUGAUGGCACUACAUUAGCAUCUGGUAGUUAUGAUUAAUCUAUCCGUUUAUGGGAUGUUAAGACAGGAGUAUAAAAAACAUAAUUAGAAAGCCAUUCAGGUUAUGUUUAUUCAGUCAAUUUCUCUCCUGAUGGUACUACAUUAGCAUCUGGUAGUCACGAUUAGUCUAUCCGUUUAUGGGGUGUUAGGAAAGGAUAAAAAAAGGCCUUAUUCGAUGGUCAUUAAUCAGGUGUUUUUUCAGUCAAUUUCUCUCCUGAUGGUGGUACAUUAGCAUCUGGUAGUACAGAUAUAUCUAUCAGAUUAUGGAAUGUCAAGACAGGAUAAUAAAAAGCAAAAUUAUCUGGUCAUUCUAGUUAUGUUUCUUCAGUCAAUUUCUCUCCUGAUGGUACUAUAUUAGCAUCUGGUAGUUAUGAUUAGUCUAUAUGUUUAUGGGAUGUUAAGACAGAAUAAUAAAAGGCCAAAUUAUAUGGUCAUUCAUCAGUUGUUACUUCGGUCAAUUUCUCUUUUGAUGGUACUACAUUGGCAUCUGGUAGUUAUGAUUAGUCUAUACGAUUUUGGGAUGUUAAGACAGGAAAAUAAAAAGCAAAAUUAGAAGGUCAUGAAAAUGGAAUAUUAUCUGUCAAUUUCUCUCCGGAUGGUGCUACAUUAGCAUCUGGUAGUUAUGAUUAGUCUAUACGUUUAUGGGAUGUUAAAACAGGAUAAUAAAAAACCAAAUUAGAUGGUCAUUUAGGAGCUGUAUGGUCAGUCAAUUUCUCUCCUGAUGGUACUAUAUUAGCUUCUGGUAGUUAUGAUAAGUCUAUCCGUUUAUGGGAUGUUAAGACUGGAUAAUAAAAAGCAUAAUUAGAUGGUCAUUAAAGUUAUGUUUUUACAGUUAAUUUCUCUCCUGAUGGUACUACGUUAGCAUCUGGUAGUUUUGAUAAGUCUAUCCGUUUAUGGGAUGUUAGGACAGGAUAAUAAAAAACACAAUUUGAUAAUUAUUCAGGUUACGUUUAUUAAGUCAAUUUCUCUCCUGAUGGUAUUACAUUAGCAUCUGGUGGUUAUGGGGAGUCUAUCAGUUUAUGGGAUGUUUUAAUUGGAUCAUCAAUCUUAUCUUCAGAAAAUCGUUAAAAAGACAUUCUUACAUAUUUUUAACCUCUCAUAAACAGUACCAUUGAGAAUGGUAUUUAUUCAUUAUAAUUAAGCUUCCUCUUUUAAUACUCUCCUUCUGAUCUCAAAGUAGCUAGUAUUAUAAACGUAAGGAGCUCUUAUUUUUAAAGCAGAAUUUGUAACUUAACAAAGAGUUGAUCUAAAAUCAUUAUUCAUAUCCAAAGGAAGUUAUAUUUUAGAAAACCUAUUUAGGUUAUAAAGACAAUGA